GCUACUACUCUUAAGGUAAAACGCGCCUCGGGCGUAACGAUAAAAACUAUUGUCGCGGACUGUACAUGUGUAUAUUUAUAUACGUAUAUAUAUAUAUAUAUAUAUAUAUAUAUAUUUAUGCAUAUAUUUGUGUAUACGUAUAUCGUGUAUAAUGUGUAUACGAAGAUAUUUUGUUAAGCGAAUAGUUAUAUGUUAUCACGACCACCACCGAAAUUUCAUCUCGAUUGUCAUUUGACGUCAAGACUUCAAGAUGCGGGCGCAAGUCUCCGCCGGUCAGCAGCAGCAGCAGCAGGAAGAUUUGUGUCCUCGUUCGUGACGCGUGCGGUUACUGCGCAUCCACCUGGCGCAGGUACGUGGGCGGUACGCAACGCGCAAUUACGAUGUGGGACGAUCCGAUUUUUUUUGUGUGAAAAAAAAAACAACAAAAGAAGAAAAAAAAUCAUAUUCGCGCAGCUCGUUGUUUACAGCGUGAAACAAUGGACUCGUGUUUGCGCGAGGCGCGCCCGACGUACAGGAUCCAAAGGAGUUCGUCCUGAAGAACGGAUGAGAACACUGAUCAAUGCUACUACUGGUCGUCGGCGGUACCAUCCGGCCAUUUUGUUUAUAUUUUCUUUCGAUCAACUUUGUGGACUUCGUGGAUCGUGUUCCCGUUACGUCAUCGAUGGAAGCAGAGCGAGGACUGUCGUUUGUCCUGGGAGAAGACCGCCAGGUGGCAUCGUCGUCGUCGUCGUCCGGACGAGGAGGAGCCUUCCCGUCGGGAGGAGUGCUUUUGAAUUUGGUAGACUCGUCGUGGAGGGGUCAGGUGGAGCAGCGUCCAUUGGCUUCGUCGGGGAACUCGAUUUAUUGAGGAAGAGGGGAUCAUCCGGAGAGCCGUAGUGGUCAGCGGGAACAAUUGUCAUUGUUCGUUCCGAUGGGUCGGUGUACGUCAUUGAUGUGCAUCCACAAGGAGAAGGCUGGUUUGCAGAGUACCGAUGAGCAUUCCCCGAUUGGGCACCCUGGACCCUCUUUACAGAGUAUUACGGGGACGACCAGGAAGCCUUGGAUCGGCGUCUACCACAAGAAGCUUCCUGUUGAAGGGAGUCCAUGAUUAUUGGAUCGCUCUACAACCGUAUUUGUGUACACGUUUGCAGCCGCAGCAGCUGGAGGAACAGCAGGGUAGAGGAAGACGGGCAAGAUUGAAGAUAACGACCGGGUCUCUUUGCUCCGUGGAAGUCUGGAAUUGGAUGACGGAU